AUGGAGAGGCGAAAUCAAAUAAUAUUGUCAUCUAUCAUACUCAUAAUUAUAUUAGGGUUUUCGAUAAAUCAUACGACAAGAUGGACGACGCCAUCAUUAGAGUCUACGGAUGAAGGUGUUAGAGAAAAGGCGUUUUUUGCAUUAUGUAACAUGCAGUAUAUCUUCUCCUCAGAGGGCCAUGUAUUUCCAGGAGCAUGUUUGCCAUUUGGAAUGGUGAAAGUUGGACUUGACACUGACUUUAGUGGAGAGUUUCAAGCUGGGUACACGGUUACGGGAGUCAUCACGGGGAUUUCACGCACAUUUACAUGGGAAGCAAAAUAUGGUGUAAUCAGUCAACUUCCAAUUGUCGUAUCACUCUCUGAGAUUGAUCUUUCCGACAUAAAAUCGCCAAGGUCGUUUGAACGCUUUACACCUGGUUAUUCCAUAUUUGGUCUCAAGCGAUAUAACAUUACCGUAGAGUUGACAGCCACCCGACGAGCCGCAUUACAUCGAUACACUUAUCCCGAAAACGCUAAUAAUAAUUCUCAUGUGAUAAUUGACAUAUCUCACUUUUUGCACCAAGUUUGUCCGUGGUGCAUAGGAAAAUUCCAUGAUGGUACUAUCUAUUCUGUGAACAAUACUCAGGUAAAAGGCAUGGGUCGAUAUUCAGGCGGAUGGAACCAAGGUGGUCCUUACAAGGUCUAUUUCUGCUCUCAAUUUGAUACUCCGGCUAUAUUUUAUUCCACUUGGUGGAACUUUAUCAUCACGAACACAAGUUUUGAUGUUGGAGCAGAUGGGCAUCCUUUCGGUGCGAUUCUAACUUUUGAUACGAACAGUACACGUGUAAUAAGAUCCAGAGUUGGGAUCUCCUUCAUCUCGGCCACGCAGGCUUGCCAAAAUGCAGAAUCAGAGAUUCCGUAUUUUGAUUUUAUGCAAAUAAAGAGUGAGGCAAUUAAAGCUUGGGAAAGAGAGUUGGAGAAGAUAGUGGUCGAGGGUGGUGACAAUGAAACAAAGACAAUAUUUUACAGCAGUUUAUAUCGUACUAUGCUUAUGCCGAGUGACAGAACGGGGGAAAACCCAAAAUGGGAAUCAUUUGACAAGAAUGGAAAGAUUAUUCCACACUAUGAUGAUUUUUAUACUUUGUGGGACACGUUUAGAGUCACAAACCCGCUAUAUACUUUAUUCCAACCUAAGCGACAAGUUGACAUUGUUCGUUCGCUAAUUGAUAUUUACAAAAAUGAGGGAUAUAUGCCAGAUGGACGGAGUGGUAUGGAGAAUGGAAUAACCCAGGGUGGAUCAAAUGCUGAUAUGGUUUUGGCGGAAACAUUUAUUAAAAAUAUCGAUCGCAAUUCAGAAAUAGACUGGUCACUUGCCUACCAAGCUUUACUUGAAGAUGCUGAGGUUGAUCCUUGGAGUCGAGGUUUAUACGAAGGAAGGCUGUAUUUAAAUUGGUACAAAAAAUUAGGAUACAUUCCGAUACAAGUCCUUACCAGGAUGGGAUAUUUUUUAAGUCAGUGCAGCCGAACGCUAGAGUAUGCAGCGAACGACUAUACCAUCAGUUUGGUAGCAAAGGGCAUGAACAAAGAAAUGGACUACGUGAAGUACCGAAAUCGUUCCAGAAAUUGGGAAAAUCUGUGGUACCCUAAAGAAUUUCAGGGUUUUACUGGAUUCAUCCUACCCAGAUAUAGCGAUGGUAAAUUUUACACAGAAUGGAAUGUUAUGGACACAUACGGAGGACAAAAUCCGUUUUAUGAAGGCACCUCUUGGGAAUAUAGCUUUUAUGUUCCUCACGAUAUCAAAAAACUAAUUGAGCUCUCGGGUGGCCCUAUAAAAUUUGAGGAGCGUCUUGACAAAACAUUUAAUAACGAUGAUCCUUACAGAUUGUAUCUUAACGAAUAUUUUAACAUUGGAAACGAACCAAGUUUCUUGACCCCAUGUCUGUAUCAUUAUAUUGGGAAACAGUGGAAAAGCGUCAAACUAAUCAGAGAUAUCAUGAAAACCAUGUUCGGAAGUAACAGAUUUGGAAUCCCUGGAAAUGACGACUCAGGGGCGAUGGGGGCUUGGUACGUCUUUCAUGCGAUAGGAAUCUUUCCAAAUGCCGGCCAAGAUGUCUACUUUAUAAACUCCCCUCAUUUCAAAAACGUUACAAUUAAACUCUCCGAUUCGUCUGACUCAAUUUUAACAAUACUUGCAUAUAAUCUUUCCCCUACGAACAUUUAUGUUCAGUUAGCAAGGCUCAACGGAAAAUUUUGGGAAAAAACAUGGUUUAGACAUUCUGAUAUUGGUAACGGUGGAAAAUUAGAAUUGUGGAUGGGUGAAAAUGUGAGCGAAACUUGGGGAGUUGGCAAAUACUUAAUAUAUCCGCCAAGCCUGAGUGAUGAGGUUGUUGAAACCGGGCUUCCCUUUGUUUCUAGUAUCGAGCCCGACCUCGUGGUUGAUGAGGUUUUAGGGAAAAAGUAG